CUAGGUGAGCCCGGGCGAACUUGUCUGAAAUUCAGCCAUAGAAUUGAAUGUGUAAACGCGCAAUCAUGAGAAUCGGGGCUGUUAACGAUGAUUUUCAGUGCAGUUCUUCAUAUGCACUUGGAGUCUCCGAGCGCAGCCAAAGGAAUUAGUUUGCGUAGCUGACGUCAGGAAUAGCUCACCAGCAGAGCGCGGCCCUCUGUAUAGUGGGCAGGGAGCUGUGAGGAGGAUAUGAGGAGCAAUCGUGGGAGAGGACUCAGUCCGACCUUGUCUGGCUCACAGUCCCGCGCCUCGUUGUGCGUAAACGCUGCUAAAAUAGUUGGCGGCGUUUAAAGCCCCUUCGGGCGCGUACAACUUUGGCCCUCAUUCAUGUUUUUAUUCGCAACACAUCCACGUCUGGAUGAUGUGCACAGGAAUAGAUCAACACUUCUCCAACCUCUUCCGCAUAUUGGAUUUCUGCAAAGAGAAGGUCGCCAGUGUAUCUCCAAGGAUUCGGAAAUGAAAACUGCUGCUGACACGGACUCAGUAUUUUUGGACUUUUGAAACGUUUUUUUGCGCAGUUUUGAUCAAGAGGUUUUUUGUUUUGUUUUUUCCCCCAACUAACGAGCCUUUUUCUCCCUGUGUGGGAUCCCUCGUUGCAUUGCCUCUAUCUUAAUAUAAUCGAGUUUUUGGAUAAGCCUGUGCUGUGCAUCGUACAGUGCGCAAAUUCGAGCAUAAUGCAUUUUAUUUAGGACAACCUCUGACUGUACAAAGUGCCAAAUUAAGCCGGAAUGGCGAACGAGUGUAAUCGCAACAUUGUGGAAAAGUAUAUCUGCCAUAAACUCUCCAAACAGGGCUACGAGUGGGGGUUUGACGCUGUCCGGAAUGCAGAUGCCGGUAAUAAUGGGUCAAUAGUUGCCCCUCCACCGAGUUUGGUCCGCCGGUGCCGUGGAGCCAGCACCGGGCCCGACAGCGAGAGCAUCCCCCACCUCUGCACACGGCUCCCCCAGUCCGACCCGCAUGCCGCCAUCCACAGAGUCCUACGCGAGGCUGGAGACGAACUUGAAAGACUGUACCAGCCGGACUUCACGGAGAUGUCGCGGCAGCUGUAUCUCACCUCCACCACGGCGCAGAGGAGAUUCGCCGACGUGAUAGACGAACUGUUCCGGGACGGGGUGAACUGGGGCCGGAUUAUCGCUUUCUUCGAGUUCGGGGGCACGGUGUGCGUGGAGUGCGUGGCGAAGGAGGAGAUGGCAGCGCAGGUGAACAACAUCGCGGAGUGGAUGACUGAGUAUUUAAAUGGACCUCUGAACAGCUGGAUACAAGAUAACGGGGGAUGGGAUGCCUUUGUGGAGCUGUAUGACAGACAGAGGGACUCCGUCUUCAGUUGCUCCUGGCCCUCCAUUAAGACGGUCUUCGGUGUGGCUGCGCUUGGAGCAGCUAGCCUCACCAUCGGAGCGUACCUUACACAGAAGUGAAUGAGCCCUCCUUCUACCAGCGAGACUUUAUUUCUCACCCUCCUCCUCCUCCUCUUCCUCGUGCCUCUUCUUUUUCCUUUUAAAUACGCCCCUGACCCCUCAGAGACAACCUUCAGACUCUUGAAUCUGGCUCUCUUCAAAGCCCUCUCUCAAGAAACUCCCUCUUCCUCGCCCCUCCACGUCAAAACAGACACAAAUCAAAACGACUGAAGCAACCAGAUGAACAGCCCAAACGGAGCAAAGGACGUCUUGAAAAGAGGCAGCUUAGAUGCAAUCACACUAAGCUGAGUACAGCUGAGGAGAAGGGAGGAUUUUUGUUGUUCUGCCUGCUUCUGUACUAGUUAUAGCAUGAAUGUUGAGUGUUAGUGUAGACGUUGCAUGUGUCAGAGCUCAUGCGGGGCCCUCUGCUUGGAGGCCUUGAUGAUGGGGGUGCAGGGACAAUGAUGCCCCCGCGUCAGAGAGGAAGCGGCCGCAGCCCCGCCCCUGCUUGUUAGGGUGAAGAACCCCGUUUGAACUGUGGACUCCAGUUACCCCCCCUGCAGCCGUCCUUCAAAGGACUUCCUCCACAGAACAGCUGCUCAGAAUGUAUAAUGGAAACAGCUUGCUACAACCAGUUGUGUGUCUACUGCUUUCACUCCUCAGACAGCUCCAGUGAACUCUGAACACACUGCACCAUUAUAUGCCCCCCUGGCCUUUAAUAAGAGGAGGAAGGGCCAGUGGAAGACAGAGGUCUGCUGAGCUUUCUUUUGCAGAAUUUUUAAAAGGCUCCUUGACUGCGAGUUGUAUGUUGGUUUUAAUAUUUGCAGCACGCCGAAACUCCAAAUUGUGUACUUUUACAGCAGAAAAAGACAAUGGAAUUUCUCAAGGAGAGAAAAAACAUGCAGAAGAAGCCUGUUGUUGCAUAAAAGUGUCAUAUGUUGACAGAUAUACAGAGAAAAAUGUUGAGCACAGCACAAGAGCGAGGUAGAAGUAAAAAUUGCAUUUUGAAUCUUAAGAAGGGAGUAGGCCCCUGCUACACAGACAAGAUUUUGAGUGUGCAUUCCUCAAGUAAAGCGACGUGAACGAGACCGCGUCUCUGCUAAAAACGAUUCCCCUUUAAACAUAUGAUCAGAUUAGCACCAAACAACUCUAAAAAAGCUAUGAGUUCAUUUCUAUUUUCUACCUCUGUUGCAGCUUUCUUACGCUUAACUCACUCCAUUUGUGGUCCGAUUGUUUGGGCUCACCUAGGCUUUCAGAGCUGACCCUGUCAACAUGUGUCCUCCAGCUGCUGAGGCCCCAGCAGCAACUCGGUAACGCUAGAAUCCACUAUGACAAAGACGCUUGUUGACGUGGACUGAGAAAACCUCGCCUGGCCACAGAUGACAGAGAAUACCACGGCAGCAGGGUUUCAGUUCAGGACUAAAGCCAGUGUGUCCCGAGUGCUGGAACCUGAGAUGUCCCUUCUCUCCAGUCCUGCAAAUGCAUUCAUUCAUUGAUUUGUUCCUCUCAGCCUGUUUUAUUGAUGUUUGUCUUGUGUUACAGUCUGAUAGAAUUUUUUGGAAAUGCUCACAGGCUCCAAGAUAUUUUGUUGUACACAGUACUUAGCAAGUUGAUUAUGAAAAAGUGAUUUUUCUUUCCCGUCAUUAAAAAUAUUCAACUUCUUUGUUGCAUGGAUGAAAGAUACUGUCCUCACACAAACAAUUAUUCACUGUGUGUUACCAUAUUUAUAACAGAGUAGCGUAGAAGAUAACAAAGAACAGCAGAGGAGUUGCAUUUUCUAUUUAUUGAUAGGUACCAGAUCACAGAUUUUUUUAACAGUACUUUAAUGAAAAAUUGUCUGUUUUUUUCACUUUUUUCUAUUCUAUGGAAUCACACUGUAACUAUUUUUUUCCCCUGGCUGCUAUUAUAACAAGAAAAAAUGUUUAAAAAGUGAAUUUCUGUGUUGUAUUAAUAUUGGCUUAAGGCUGCUAUACUGUCGAUUUAACUUUUACUUACAGCUUAAACUGCCACAGAUUUACAGUAUAGUCCUAGAGAGCUGGAAACCAAAGUUAACUUGUAUUAAUCUUUAAUUUAAAAAAAAAACAAAAAAAAUCACAAAAGUAGCUUAACAAGAACACGUGUCGCUUCACUUCGCUGGGUUUAUUAAGCGAGGUUUUCCGAUCUCUCUGUGGGGGGUUUGUCUAGUGUUACUGUAAUAUAUCAGCUUGACUUUUGUCAACUUUGUGCUCCCAUUCAGUGCUUAUCUGUAAAAAUGUUGACCUGCCAGAUUUAAACCUUGUCUCAGUUAUCGCUAUAAACCACCCCAUUCUCACUACAACAGCUCACAGUGUGUGAUAUUCUUAGUGUGCGGAAGAGACAGAGGGUGACUUAUGAGCAGGAAUAAGAACAGUUUAACAGCAAUAUACUGUAACUUUUUAUAUUCUCUGUGCAUAUAUGAAUGUAGGCACUAUGGUUGCUGUACUGUUUUAUGUCUAUAAUCACAAACCUGUAGCACUUAAAAAAAAGGUGAAUUGUGUUUCUGUUGUUUACUGCUAUAUCCACGAUAAGCUAGUGGGAUCAUAUUGUUCCUAAUAAACCAGAUUUCUCAAGCA